GCUAAGACCCCACACACUCGCAAGAUUCGUAAAGCGCUGCAACGCAUCCUCUCGUAGCUUAGACCCGACGUCAUUGUUGUAAGUCAGUAGCGAGGCACGGGUGGUGAAUCUGACAGUCUUCCGAGUCAAGUCAACUCACAACACAUGGGGUCUGUCGCGUGAACUCCUGUCUGCAAUCCUUCGACACUUCACGUGGCCUCAAAGUGCACCUAGCUUGGCACAAGCGCCGUGGUGACAUCACCCCUUCUUGGUGGCGAACGGCUGCUGCUGUUGUUGUUUUCUUCGAAGACCCUUGCCUCCUAUAAUAAAGACACCGCGUAGGUGGACAACACGAACGCUGAACAUUCAAAACAUGUUCAUGUAUACCAAUUUGUUUUAAACCUCACAAGUGUGCCCAGAUUCAUUAAAUACUACAAUGAACUUCCUGACAAAACUCAGUCGAGCAAACGAGCAAGAUAAUCAUCACGCUGAGAUUAAGCAGGACGCGAUCCAAACAGCAAGUAACAAAAGCCAACUGUUCUUCUACCUUGGCACUUACGGCACUCUUUCCAAGGCACAAGCGCGUGUCAUCCAGGACCAACUUAUCAAGUCAAUAUGUCGUUUUUGGCUGUGCUGUGGCUGAUUGGAGUCGUGCAUACGGCACACGGAUUUUGCAAUCGCUCCACGCAAUAUGAAGUGAAUGGCCUCUGCUGUGAUCAGUGUACUCCUGGACACUUUCGAUCCGCUUGGUGCACCGCGGACUCGCCGACUGGCUGCGAGCCGUGCCCUGAGGGCACCUUCAACUCGGAGUACAACGUCUACCCCAGAUGCGAGUACUGCACGCGCUGCAUUCCAGGGUUUCACCAGGUGACGAUAGAGAACUGCACACCUACUCGGAACACAAGGUGUGGCUGUAAGAAGGUCGAGAACAUCACGAAAUUUGCAAAGGAUGGAACCUUGUUCUGGUGUUGUCCAAAAUGCUCAGCGGGCAUGGAGAGUCUGAACGAAUGUUCCUAUACGGAUUUCGUCACCACGUGCACUGACUGUCCUCCAGGCACGUUUAGUGACCGUCCCGGGUCCCGCUGCCAAAAUUGCACACGCUGUGAACGAGAGCAGUCUCCGUGCACGAACACCAGCGACGCCGUCUGCAGCGGCCCAGAUGUAUCUGCAAAUGGCCAAGCUUAUGCAGCGACAGCUGCAGUAGCAGCGUGCAUCCCCCUCGGGAUUGCUGUGCUGAUGGUGCUGAUGGUGCUGCGUUGCCGUCGUGCUUCUGUUCAACAGAAGGAUGCCCCUCCGAGCGGCUCUAGUUCCAUGGGGAAUUUUUCCACCCAAGGCUCCUUAGCAACCCUGCAACGCCCAGACGAACUUCACUCAAUGCUGAGUCUGGAUUCUCUAGAUGACAUCGAAUAAACCGUCAUGUGAGUGUGUGUGUAGUGGAAAAGAAUCUGAGACAAAUGGAAAUCAGCCCUUUUGUCAGACCCCUCCUAGUCCUUAUAAAGGCCUCAAUACCUGAGGCCUGUUAAGAGGCGUGAACACUGAGAUACAUCUGGCUUCAUGAUAGAGUUUCUCUACAGUUCCUGUAAGGUUAUCAUAAUCAGCUAACACAAUACGCAUUAGCAUUGUUGUGGAGAAUAUAAGUAACACAUAUAUAAGCACACAAAAUAGUAUCCUUUACAAAUGUUUUCCCUGCAGAUAAAUUCGCGAGCAUUUGUGUUGUAUGUCCCAUCAGCCGCACGGCCUUCUGGGUGUGCAUAACUUCAGCAGCAUUGCUCAAUACGAGACAACUCUGGAGCGGGUUUUUGACUUUCAACUUGGAGAGACUCAUUGGGUCAAGUUCACCUUUAACACACACACCGAUUUGUGCCGCAGGGAAUUUACGUUUUAACUUUUAUUUAACAUUGAUUUUAACUUGCAAUAUAUGUGAUUCUUCACGUGAUAGACGUUUUGUCUCGAUAACUUUUUUGAUGUACUUCAAUCGAGCCUGGAAACAUGAUUGUAGCUCUGAAUUGAAAUACUUUUAGGCAAAGGCAAGAUUGUAAUGCUAUUUAACGUGAUUGGGGAAUUCUGCACGACAGUAAACAUAGAAGGGCAUUUGCCAGAACCAUUGUGUAAUUUAAUCUGGUUGCAAUAAUUAAAUUAUAUAUCACUAGCAGGAAGUACCCAGCUUCAUCCAGCAGUAAAAACUUGUAUAUUUCAAAGCUUGUACUCUCUUAAAAAACAUACCGUAUACACAAAUACUAAACAAGUAUUUCCUUCGCCGGUUCUGCAGCAGUGACUGGGCAGUCUCUGGCUUGUCUUGACACAUGCUACUUUGGAGUUUCCUCAGCCCGUGUUGCUAAGGUGCUUUCCUUGUUUGCUGUUGAGACAGCUGCUUCUCCUCUACUGUUUGUUUUGUGCACCGCAGUGCCGCCACUCUCUUCGUGUUUGUUUGCUUUAAAAAAGAUUUGUAAACAAAAUGAAUAAGUCCUUAAUGUGAAACUCCCCUCGAUAAGCAAGCUUUUGGCUUACUAGGGGCACAUGUGCAGAUGUGUACUUCAGCACGCGGCUGAAAUGUAUCAUUACGACAAUCAGCAAACAUUGCACAAAGUUUGAUAUUACUAGCUAAGAUAUUGACAUCGACAUUACUGUAGAAAAAAUCCCAUUCUUUUAUGAUAAGUUUUGGUUGGUAUUACAAUCAAAUGAAUACUUGGAAUUUUAAGGUGAAUUAUCAUACAAAUCAACGCAUUGUAUCUGUGUCCAACGCAUUGAGCAUGUAUUACUC